GUUGUCCUUUUGCGCAUGCGUGGCGUGUGGGGGGGGGAUCCAGUGCUGCGGCAGUUCGGUUGUGCGGUUUUCUUUGGGGCGAAGGCGAGGGGAGAGCAGCGCGCGCGGGAGAGGACAUCUUUCCUCAGAAUUCUGGGAGACUGCAGAGCAGACAAGAUAAACAAGUGUUUGCAGAAAAAUUAUAAAAAUGACAACCUCAUGGAGCGAUCGACUACAGAAUGCAGCAGAUCUUCCUGCAAAUAUGGAUGGGCAUGCUAUGAAGAAAUAUCGCCGAGAAGCAUAUCACCGACACAGGAUUCCCAAGCUUCCAGACUGUUGUGUGAGACUUUUGAUCAGGGUUUUUGUGAACAGAAGUCUAGCCAUGGAAAAAAUAAAGUGCUUUGGAUUUGAUAUGGAUUAUACAUUAGCCGUGUAUAAGUCCCCAGAGUAUGAAUCCCUCGGAUUUGACCUGACAGUUGAACGAUUAGUUUCAAUUGGAUACCCUCAAGAGCUACUUAAUUUUGCCUAUGAUCCUGCAUUCCCUACCAGAGGCCUGGUAUUUGAUUCUCUUUAUGGAAAUCUGCUGAAAGUCGAUGCCUAUGGAAACAUCCUAGUAUGUGCACAUGGCUUUAACUUCAUGAGGGGACCAGAGAUUCGAGAGCAGUAUCCUAAUAAAUUCAUCCAGAGGGAUGACACUGACAGGUUUUACAUUUUAAACACACUGUUCAAUUUACCAGAGACCUACCUGUUGGCCUGUCUGGUUGAUUUUUUUACUAACUGUCCCAGGUAUUCAAGUUGUGAAACAGGGUUUAAAGAUGGAGACCUCUUCAUGUCCUUCAGGAGUAUGUUCCAAGAUGUGAGAGAUGCUGUGGAUUGGGUUCACUAUAAGGGAUCUCUCAAGGAGAAAACAGUUGAGAAACUGGAAAAGUAUGUGGUGAAAGAUGGGAAGCUGCCUUUGCUGUUGAGUCGAAUGAAUGAAGUGGGAAAGGUGUUUCUUGCCACAAACAGUGAUUAUAAAUACACAGAUAAAAUUAUGACAUAUCUGUUCGAUUUUCCACAUGGGCCAAAGCCUGGCAGCUCUCAUCGGCCAUGGCAGUCAUACUUCGAUCUCAUCCUUGUGGAUGCACGCAAACCUCUUUUCUUUGGAGAAGGCACAGUGUUGAGGCAAGUCGAUACGGUUACUGGCAAACUGAAGAUUGGUACCUACACAGGCCCUUUGCAGCAUGGCAUUGUCUAUUCUGGAGGUUCCUCUGAUACUAUCUGUGAUCUUCUGGGGGCCAAGGGUAAAGACAUCUUGUACAUAGGUGAUCACAUUUUUGGAGACAUUUUGAAGUCCAAGAAACGUCAGGGUUGGAGAACCUUCUUAGUGAUUCCAGAGCUGGCACAAGAGUUGCAUGUUUGGACAGAUAAAAGCUGCCUUUUUGAAGAACUUCAGAGUCUAGACAUAUUCUUGGCUGAGCUAUACAAGCAUUUGGACAGCAGCAGCAAUGAGCGUCCUGACAUCAGUUCCAUCCAACGGCGUAUUAAGAAAGUGACUCAUGACAUGGAUAUGUGCUACGGGAUGAUGGGAAGCCUGUUCCGAAGUGGCUCCCGACAAACUCUCUUUGCCAGUCAAGUGAUGCGUUACGCAGACCUCUACGCAGCAUCAUUCAUCAACCUCCUGUAUUAUCCCUUCAGUUACCUUUUCAGAGCUGCCCAUGUGCUGAUGCCACAUGAGUCAACAGUGGAACACACCCACGUGGAUAUCAAUGAGACUGAGUCACCCAUGGCCACCCGCAAUCGCACUUCCGGGGACUUCAAAGAUUCUGACAAACGACACCAGCUGACCCGAUCUGUUAGUGAGAUUAAACCACCCAACCUCUUCCCUCAAACUCCCCAAGAGAUCACACAUUGCCAUGAUGAGGAUGAUGACGAAGAGGAGGAGGAGGAGGAAGAGGAGGAGGAGGAGGAGGAAUAGAAAUAAUAGGGAUUUGAAUACCUCCUUCCAUAAGUAUGGCUGUAGCAGUAAUUGGCAGGAACAGAUUUGCAGCUCAGAGUCCUAGAUGGUGACAGACCAGCGGGUGGGGGACAACAAAAUUAACACUAAUCAAAAGUCCUUUGUUCUUAGUAAGCUUAUUCUUUGCAGACUUAUUCCAAAUGUAAAGGAUUUUGCACUGGAUGAGGUAAGAUCAGAAACAGAUACCUAAUUCUGUUGCUCCACCUGUCAUCCCCCCCCCCGGAGGAAGGGCUACUUUUGUGCUAUUUGUUCCUCUUACUGGUGCAUUUAAUUAAACCUGCCUCCCACGGAUGGUUUGGAAUUGGUGCAGUGAGACUGCCAUAGGUCUUGCAGUAAUCACAGUAGUCCAAAAACAGUUUGUUACAGCUAAUACCUUUUGAUCCCUUUGAGAGCAAAGAUGUAUCCUUAUAUCCCAGUACUUAAUACUGUAUGCAUGGAAAUAACCAUUACUGCCAGGGCUGAACCUACCCGUCAAGCACAAGUUUGCUUUCUCAAAUGGUUUAAUUCUCUGAUCUAAUUCUAGUGCAGUUUGGCUUCUACUCUUUCUGUAUUUGGUGAUUUAAGAGAGGCAUAAUACCAUCUGGUCUUUAAGAGAUAGCUAGUUCCAAAGCCUUUAUCAACUCUGUUCUUGGCAUGUGGUGCAUGUGUUUUAGGACCUUCUAAAGCAGUUCCUUAUGCCGUGUGCUUGCUUGUUGCCACAAAUUUGUCUUUACUAACAAGAGAGAUUAAGAGAUUGUUUUACACUGUAUUUGAUGAAGAAAAGACAUCAGGUCUUUUCUCUCUCUUAUUCCCCCUUUUAAAAAAAAUUUGUAUGGCCUUGGGAGAGGAAAGCUACAAAUUAUGUGAGUUUUUUCUUUUUCUUUUUCAUUUGGGCACCUUUUCUAGCCUUAUUAUUGGUAAAGUUUUGGAUUCCAAAGGAGGAGCUAUCAAUCACUCUAGUCUGUAAUUCCAAAUUAUGCCAGAUGGAGUACAUGGUCCUGGAGACAUAUCAAGAGAGGAAAAGCAGCCUUUAGAGGAUGUGCUUAAUGGGGCCAUUAUGUUUUACAUCCAUUCCAAGAAUGAAAAUCAUUUAAGUUCUGCUCUAUAAUGUGAUCUGUAAAAUGCUCUGUGGGCCUGGCCCAUCACCCUGUUCAUGCUGUGAAGUUACAGCACAUUUUCCUCUGAAUUACUUUGCAAUGUAGGGCAGGCCGGUUUUCUUCUCAUGCAGAGGAGCCAUAUAUACUGUUUUCUAGGCUAUAGCACAUCUCAUCCUACUGUGCCAUAUGAGUAUAGAAGGCAGAACAGAGGUUCUAUUUUAAAAGUAUUAGAACUUUUAUUUCUAAUCACAUAAUUGUAAUUAACCGUAUUCCAUUAUUAAAAUAGAUUGAACUGCAAAUCAGCAGGACAAGUUAGUGCUGCUCUGAUGGAUCUGCAAAUAAAUAAAUAAAUCAUCACGUUUCAUAACAAAGUAGCUCUGAUGUGUACAUAAAGAAGGGGUGAGGAAAAGUGGAUUCAUUAGUGUCAUACUCUUUGGCUAAUAACAAGAUUUAUGAAGAAAGUGAAAGGCUGUAUUGUGAAUAAAGCUUGAUGUUAAAAAUCUAUUCCAA